UGUGUCACUGGUGGGUGACUAGUGUCUAGUCCAGCAGUUAUGUUUUUGUUAGUGUGUCGACACUGACGACUCUGACCACUGACGUUUACGUGUCAAUUCAUUGUACAAUUCAAUGUACACUUUCCUGUUGUGGACUUUUAUUACGUGUUCAAAAAAUUUCCAAUUAAAAACGAAACAGAAUAAUGUAGUCAGAUAUCUGGGCAGUCACAGUGCACUUGUGAUAACAAAUUUUACGCAAUAUGAUUGAAGAGGCAAAUCAUUCAUCAACGUACAACUGUUUUAGCGGAUUUUACAGGAACUCGGGUUUAUCCACAAUAGAUUUCAGUCGAUUCUGACUAACAUGCGAAUAAAACGCACAAAUCUAGUAGUAUUCUUAAUAUUAUUGGUAUGGUCUGCAGUGCUUUAUGUUACAAUUUCCUUUAAACCAAUAUACCACAGUGAUGUCUCCAGUAGUUAUAAUGUUGAUAGACAAAUAUUGAAAUUAGAACAUGGUAUAUCGGAGCAGUUUGAGAAGAACAAGAACAUUAUAAAGAAUGCUCAUAAGCUGCUUGAAAUUAAAAAGGCAGGAGAUGUUAGCAAAGAGAAGACUCUGCCAAAAGAACUGCAAGAAGUGAAACUUCCUAUCUUAGUAUUUGCAUGUAAUAGAAUUACUGUUAGUAGGUGCUUGGAUAAACUUUUAAAGUACCGACCAGAUCCUGACCAGUUUCCUAUUAUUGUUAGCCAGGACUGUGAUCAUGAGGAGACAAGAGAUACAAUCCUAAAGUAUGGUUCACAGUUAUCUCUUAUACAACAACCAGAUCAGUCUGAUAUUCAAGUUCCUCCAAAAGAGAAGAAAUUCAAGGGGUAUUUCAAAAUCGCGCGACACUACGGUUGGGCUUUGAACCAGAUGUUUUUUAAUUUUAAUUUCAGCACUGUGAUUAUUGUUGAAGAUGAUUUAGAGAUAGCUCCUGACUUCUUCGAAUACUUCCUUGGUACUUAUCCUGUGUUGAUAAAGGAUCCCUCGUUAUGGUGCAUAUCAGCGUGGAACGACAACGGAAAAGAGAGCUUGGUGAACACCGAACGUCCAGACCUUUUGUACCGCACCGACUUUUUUCCUGGUCUCGGAUGGAUGCUCUCCAAGUCUCUUUGGAUGGAACUGUAUACCAAGUGGCCCAGAGCGUAUGUCUUGUUUACUAUCUUUUUCCAUUUGUUUUUUGCUAGCGCGACAGUCGAAGGCGAAAUUUCUCGCAAAUAAUCGGCGCCCAUGGUAUAUACUGCUGUAUUGUGGUGUGAAAAUUAUCUUGCUAGCCCUGAAUCGUGCAUCCCCUCCCCUAGACGUAUACCACCCCCCACCGCUCUUCAAUUGUUCCAAGGAUGUUUGCUCUAAAGUGCUUCUCCCUCCCCCAGACGAACAUCUUCCUCUGCGACCGCCUAGAUAGAUUCCUGAAUCCGCCCCUGUAGGGGGAAUAACACGUUUGGCUCCUUUAUAAUGUAAAGAGCAUUCGAAUUCGAAUAUGACAGAAACUAUUUCAUGAUUAGUUUUUCAUUUGUAUAGUGUUGUUUUCUAAUGUAACCUGAAAUUUAUCCUGUGCUGUGUUUUAUUUUUUACUGACGUUUCCGACACCUCGGUGGGCGUUUUCGAAGUACAAAUUAAUCACAAUGACAUUUAGCGAAUAGAAGAAAAAAAAACUGGAAUAUAAAAUAAUUGUCAUUGUUAUUAUAAUUUGUACUUUGACAAAUGCCACUGUGGAGGCCAUUCAUUCAUUCAUUUUCAUCAGUAUCAUGGAAACUAAGUAUGUAUCAUUUUUCGAGCCACAUGUUUCAAAAACGAAGCGGCUAAUUUUUUUGAAAUGUAACAUUUUGAUACCUUCCAGUUUCAUGUGCCUGGGUUUUUGAGGAUUUCUAUGAAUUUGUUUCGCUUCAAAACAUGAAAUAUUAUGGGAAAGUAGCAAGGUACUUCUACGAGCGCAUUUUUAUACCUGACUACAUAUCUAAAUAAGAUUGUGAGUCUGAAAUUAUUUUUACUUUGUUACUAUGUCGCGAUUUCUGUAAUGUUGUCUCUAUUCUAUCUGCAUAAUUGCAUAAUUGAUAAUGAUAUGAUCAUUAAGUUUUACUAUAUCAUGAGCUAUUAUCUAUUUGAAUGACGCACACGUGCCUAUUUAUGGAUGCAUUUAAAAUUAGACUGACACAACUGUUGACAAAUUCGCACCAUCCAUGUAGUAAAGAGUAACUAGAAAUAUGUUCUUCUGAGGUUUGUAAUACAAAAUAAUGCUUUGUUAACUAUAGGGUAUCAUGUUGAAUGUAACACAAAGUAAAUGAUGCUUAGCAACCCAAAAAUGUAAAAUAAUAAAAAAACUUCCAGUAAUACUUAAAAUAAUGAGUAUAGGAUACUUAAAAUCAUAAUAGAGAAUAUGCUUGUUAUUUUUUGUAUCGUCUGUCGAUUAUUCAUUCAUGAACAUGUCUAUUUUUUUAACUAAAUAUUUAAAUGUGCAAUGCCAAUGACGUUGAUAUAAGAUAUAAGCAUUCCAGAGCCUUAUGAUAACAAAAUCAACCAGGUCAAACAUGUGCUGGACUAUUAGAGGACCUUAGAGAUCUGCGAUUGUUUGAGGUGAAUCGCUUUUGGAAUACAUUAAGAGCGGUGAAAUAAGUCAAUUUCUCCUCUUAUUUAUAGUGACCUUUUCUUUUUUAAGAGAAUUCGCUGUUUGACGGUUGAUAUUUAAUUAUCGAUCACUCUGUAUAUUUUAGGUACUGGGACGAUUGGAUUCGGGAUCCAGCGCAAAGAAAAGGCAGAUCUUGUAUACGACCAGAGAUUUCAAGGACG